AUGCGUUUCUUGAAAUUGUUGGCGCUGACAGCGUUGUCUUGGACCGCUGUCGCCGCCAAAAAGGCAACAACGAAUAGAUUCGACACCUAUUUCUCCAAACAAGCUUCCUCCGCACCCUUUGAAUUGGACGAGAAAGGAUACAAUGAGUUGACAGCCACGCCUCGCGACUACUCCUUAGCCGUCCUUCUCACAGCUCGAGAUGCGAGAUACGCAUGUGGUCUGUGUCGAGAAUUUGAUCCGGAAUGGAGUAUACUGGGUCGCAGCUGGCAGAAGGGUGACCGCAACGGAGCACACAGAAUGCUCCUGAGCACGGUUGACUUCGACAAUGGCAGAAAUAUCUUCAUGAAGCUUCAACUUCAAACCGCUCCCGUACUCCUGUUCUUCCCUCCCACUGUGGGACCGCAUGCAAAGCCAGAUGGCCAGCCUCUCCGCCUUGAGUUCCUUGGUCCUCAGACAGCAGACAGCGUCCGUAGCUGGCUAUUGCGGCAUCUUCCUCCUGGCGAAUACCCUCCUAUCUCCCGGCCUAUCAACUAUGCAAGAAUCGGGGCCUCAAUCACCAUCCUGCUGGGAGCGUUCACGUUCAUUACCGUGGCAUACCCAUACGUGUUGCCCGUGGUCCAAAACCGAACAUUAUGGGCCGGCAUAAGCUUGAUUUUGAUCUUGCUCUUCACCAGUGGACACAUGUUCAAUCAUAUCCGAAAAGUGCCUUACGUUGCCGGGAAUGGGCGCGGCGGUAUCGCCUAUUUCGCUCCGGGAUUUCAGAACCAAUAUGGCAUGGAGACCCAGAUUGUGGCAGCUAUGUAUGCCUUGCUUUCUUUCGCAACGAUCAGCCUGGCCCUCAAAGUACCGCGCAUCAAAGACCCGCGAACCCAACAAAUUGCUGUCAUCAUCUGGGCAUCAGUACUUUUUGGGAUGUACAGCUUCUUACUCAGUGUUUUCAGAGUCAAGAAUGGUGGAUAUCCUUUCUGGCUGCCACCGUUCUAG